GUUGGUAUAACAAAUUUCGGCAACUUCAGAUGCUUGAUGUUCCCUUUUGAGGUUAUAUUUUGAUCUUAUUAGAAUUACUAAGAAUUAGAUUGAAAAUGUCCUUAAGAUUAUUAAAUAAAGUUGGGAUUCAAUUCCUGCAGGAAACAUCAGUUAAUUUUUUGGCCCCAAUUGCAAGCACCUCAAUAAAUGUUCAGCAAGUCAGGCAUAGAAGAACAAAACAUUGGGACCCAAAAUGGAAACCUCUUAGAACUCUCAAAGUUGUUAAAGUUGAGUUACCAAAGUUCAAUGAAAAUACGGAAGACUUGACUGAAGAAGAAAUGAGGUCUCGCUUGAAGGAGCAAGGCUUGUUACCACCCAGGCCUUGGUUGGAGAAGCCAUUCUUUAUAAGUUCCACUGGUGGUGUAUUUGAAGGAUACGUUCCACCUGAAGGUGAUGGAAAAGUUUCCCCAAUUUCUGCUCAAGGAGCAAAGCAAAAAUUGCAAUUUUUGGAGAAAAAAUCCAAAACAAUGUUGGCUAUUAGAAAAAUUCGAUCAUUUGAGGAAGAUUUUGACACUCCAGAGUUCUGCAAAGCUGCACAAAAUGUAUAUAUUAAAAUGCAUGAAUGUAUGGCCUCUGGGGAUAAGGAAACUAUCCAACAAUAUAUCACUGAAAGAGCCUACCCUGAGGUUAUGCACAACAUGAAAAACAAGACAAUUCGAUGGAAAUACUUGAAAGACGUUGAGUUGCCAAGAGUUGUACAUGCUAGAUGUACUGAUGUAGUCUCAAAGGAGAAUAUUUUUGCGCAAGUCACAGUUCGUUUUCACACGCAACAAGUAUUAGCAAUUUACGAUAGAUUUGGAAGAUUGAUGCACGGAAGUGAAAUAAUAGCAAAGGACGUCUUGGAAUAUGUAGUAUUCGAGAAGCACUUAGCCAACGAGUACGGUCUUUGGAGAGUGCACGAUAAGAUUAUUCCUGAUUGGAUGCCACCUAAGGAACCAACGAGUUUAACAUUUGAGAAACCACAGCUAAACAUAAUUGAAUCUAAGGAGAAGGAAUUAGUUGAUAAAGAAAAGAAACCAGCAGAAAUUGCUGCAUAGUUUAAUAAUUUUAUUUAGU